GUUACAUUCUCAAGUGUUACAUGAAUUUGUCAUGCAAAACUACCAUCAUCAUCCACAAGAUCAAGCUGCUUCGCAUGACAAAUUUGCGAAGGGCUAAACACCACCUAAAUCUGCGCGAGAUUUGUAAUGCAAUUUUUGCAAUCUUCCCCCUUUGGCUUUUGCCAUUCUUGCAUUACAGCUUCGUGUAACAGUUGAAGAUGUAACGUUUGAGAACAC